AUGUGGGGUUUAAGGCUUCGACUCCUGCAAAAGCAGUGGACACCAGCUCGAACUCGAGCUCUUUCGAGCUUCAGAAGUCAUGAAUCGCGGCGUGGUCCUCGCAAUAGCAUAAAAAGACCAAAUCUCAUAGAGACCUCGAGGAAAAUCGAAACCUCGCCCAAGCCUGAACCUGCUGCCUCUGCGUCCCAAGAUACCACAUAUCCCAGUUAUGACCCUUCGCAAAACACUCUACUUUCUCCCGUUUACGUGCCUGAAGACCCCAGAGGUGUGCUCAAAGAAAACCACCCGGCAAUUUCAAUACUGGCGAACUCAGGAAUAGUCGUACAACGAGAACUAGAGAUGAUGAAUGUUAUGAUUGGAUUUGAACAAGCGAAUAAGUAUGUCAUCAUGGAUGCGCAGGGAAAUCACAUUGGAUAUAUGGCAGAACAGGACAAGGGAUUGGCGAAUACAAUGGCACGGCAAUGGUUACGCACCCACCGAAGUUUCGUGACGCAUGUAUUUGAUCGACAGGAAAAUGAGGUUCUUCGAUUCAAUCGCCCAUUCUCUUGGAUCAACUCCCAAAUUCACGUCUAUGAUCCUCUCGAUCAAACGCCAAAUGCUCACUCUCACUCGGCAUCCACCUCUGUUCAAAGCACAACACCCGGUUCUCUCAUUGAACCCGGCACCAGAUCGAGUGCAAGGAUAUCCCCACUUGGUCUCGGUCAAAUGCGAGUUAUCGGCGAAGCCCAGCAGCAGUGGGCACCUUUGCGGCGAAAAUACAAUCUCUUCACGCACCAGUCCCCAAACCCAGAAACAGACAUGGGAACUCGUGGUUUCUCGCUAUCUGACUCUGGUUUAUCACGGGCACAGCAGAUGCAAGUGGUGCGAACAUCAGACGAAGAUCAGGGUAUAUUCAACCAAUUUGCCUACGUUGAUGAGCCGUUUCUAUCAUGGGAUUUCUCCCUGAAAUCAGCAGACGAUCAGUUAAUUGGAUCUGUCAAUCGCGAUUUCGGAGGCUUUGCUCGCGAAAUCUUCACAGACACCGGCGUCUACGCAGUGCGAAUGGAUUCUGCAGCUCUCGGCACAGAGACAUCACGCGGCAACAAACAUGUAGGCAUGACCCUCGACCAACGUGCUGUUAUGUUGGCUACAGCUGUAAGUAUUGAUUUCGAUUACUUCAGCCGCCAACGAGGUGGCCUUGGUGUAUUUGACUUUCCGCACGGGUUCCCUAUGGGCGGCCAGGCUCCCGCUGGAGGUGCAGCUGCAGAAGGAGCUGCCGCCGGUGAAGCUGGGGCCGUCGGUGGAGCCGCUGCAGGGACUCUUGAGCGAGUUGGAACCGCUGGUGGUGCGCCAAAUGGUAUGGUUUCAGGUGCUACCACCGCAGGUGCAAUGGCUGGGUAUGAAGCAAUGCAGAGGGCCAACACAACCGAUCCACAUGCAUCAGCAUCGGAGCCAGUGCAAGGCUUCCAGGAUAGACCUCAAGACCCUUGGGGUGAAGAUGGUCCUUGGGGUGACGGAGGUGACAUCGGUGAUGGGGGUGAUGCGAAAAUGGCGUCCACCGUCGCUCAGAAGCGCCUUUUCCACGAAUACAAGAACCUCUCCACCAACCCACCAGAGGGUAUCACCGCAGGUCCUGUCUCCGAAGAUGACAUGUUCUAUUGGGAAGCCCUGAUCCAAGGCCCAGAGGAAACCCCUUUCGAGGGCGGCGUCUUUGCAGCGGAGCUGAAGUUCCCGAGAGAUUACCCCCUGAGCCCGCCGACGAUGAAGUUCAUCGGAGGUGGCGUGUGGCACCCGAACGUAUACCCCAACGGAACCGUCUGCAUUUCCAUCCUUCAUCCCCCAGGCGACGACCCAAACCACUACGAACAUGCCUCGGAGCGCUGGUCGCCCAUCCAGAGUGUGGAGAAGAUCCUCAUCUCUGUUAUGAGUAUGCUUGCCGAGCCGAAUGACGAGAGCCCCGCCAACGUUGAGGCUGCUAAGAUGUGGCGCGAGCGGAGAGCUGAGUACGAGCAGAAGGUCAGGGACGAGGUGAAGAAGGGUCUGGGUCUGUGA